AUGUCUCCAAUGGUGUCGUUUUUUCUCUUCUUCUCUUUACUAACACUUCUCUCCAUUGCUAGAGCUCAAGAUGGAGCCCCUCAUGGGAUUGUUUAUGAAAACCCAAUUGCUUUUACUCCAUCUGCAUAUGACUUCUUCCAUCCAAGCACGCAAAGAUCCUGUGAAACAUCCAAUUGCUCGCCGUUGCCUGUCGCAGCGCAGGUUGUCGAGGCCACUCCGGGCCAUGAGAGCAGAGAGUUAGAGUCCCAGAAAGGCAGCAGAGUGGGAGCUGCUGCGAUUGCUGGCAUUGCGUUUGGCCUUGUGUUUGCUGUUCUUUUGGGGAUGGGCGUCUACUAUGUUGUCAUCACACGUCGAGCCAACGUGAGUCGAACCAAUUCUGUUCAGCCCGAUGCUUGA